AUGUUUGCUCGGCUUUUUGUUACGGUCGCUUUCUUUGGGGUUACGGUCGCGCUCACGUGUGAUGCGCCGUUAGGACCUUGUGGUGAUGGAUGCAACAGCGGCGACUUGGUUUGCAUCAAUAACGCUGAUUGUUGUCAUUUGCGGGAUGUGCAUGGAGGUGAGCCGGAUCCAGAUCCGGACUGCAAAGACAAGAUCAACCCGCAAACCCAUGUUUCCGAUUGUCCAAAAAUGGCAAACUACUGCAAUAAUCCGGCCUACCACGACGUGAUGGAAGACCAAUGCCCGAAAACCUGUGGAUAUUGCGGUGGUCCGGGACCAGCCCCUAAUACCUGCCAGGACCUGAUCAACCCGAAAACCGGAUACUCGGACUGUCCACAACGAAAGGCCUACUGUGACAACCCGCUGAUGACCGAGCAGUGCCCACGCACCUGCAACCGCUGCCCACAA